UUCAACGAACCGAUUGAUUCAAAGUGUUUGUUGAAAGCACCCCACUUUUGACGUUUGAUUAAGCGUGCGUUGCCGGAAUUUACACUCGUUUUAGUGGUUAGAUCCGGAGAAAUUAUUCGAAUUAUGGCUUACGAGAUCAAAAUAACUCCCGACAAGGGUCGUGCAAUGUUCGCGCUAAGUAACAUCAAUUCAGGAGACGUCAUUUUCACAGAAAAACCUCUGGUGUCAUCACAAUUUUCGUGGAACAAAACUUACAAGUACUUGUGCUGUGAGUAUUGCUUGAAACCUUUGGAAACUGCUGAAAUGAAUCUACGACGGUUGGCUGGUGACCAAACCAUAAAUCUACCAUUUCCAGAAUGCUGUACGACGGUUAAACGUAUACAGGAAAUAGUAUCAUGUCCACAUUGUCAGGUUCAAUAUUGCUGUGACGAUUGUCGAGUGGAAGCGUCUCAAAAGUAUCAUUUUGCCUUGUGUCAGAAAGACAAGGCCGCAAGUAUUGAACAACCGUUGAAUGCUUUGAUUGAUUCGUGGAAAAAAAUUCAUUAUCCGCCCGAAACCACUACAAUUGAGCUGAUCGCAAAGCUAUUGGGAAUGUACAUCCAGGCAGAUGACAAGAAUCAGCUCAUGAAUCAUUUGAAAGAUUUUCAAAGCAAAGUUGUGAACGAGGACUUGAUGAUUGCCCAUAAAAUGCUUGGGCCAAAUUUCGAAAACCAAUUGAGCGAAUUGUACCCGAUAUAUUGCAGAGCGUUCGGUGACAAUGGUGACUUGAAAGAGUUUCUAACACCACAAGCAUUCAAAACAUUUUUCGCCAUCAUCGGUACAAACGGUCAAGGCCUUGGUACGAGUCCAUUUGCAGAUUGGGUAAAAAAUGUUUCCGAUCUGAAAUUGUCGGACGACGAGCGAAUAGCCGUCGAAUCGUUGAUCGACGAUCUGUACCAGAAAUUGGACGAAGUGACUGGCCUGCAAUUUCUGAAUAACGAAGGAUCGGCGCUGUAUGUUACGCAGAGUAAAAUCAAUCACAGCUGCGUACCGAAUUCCGUCAUUACGUUCCCGUCAUCCGAUCACACUCUGGCCUUAAUGGCGUUGACCGACAUUAAAGCUGGCGAUGAAAUAACAAUUUCGUAUUUGGAUGAGUGUUCCGUGGAUCGGUCUCGGCAUAGUAGACAAAAGGAACUCACCGAAAACUAUCUGUUCGUUUGUCGUUGCGCAAAAUGUGAGGAACAAAUCAAUGAUCCAGAUGUGACCAGCGACGAGGAUGAAGAGGAAAUGGAGGAAGACGACGACUAGGUUUUUGAUUUUUUGAUUUUUUUCUUUAUUCUCAAACGGACAAAUAAAUAAAAGAAAUCUGAAGCAAUAA